AUCAAAUACAUCCGGAUAUUCCGCAAACUGGAAGUUAUCCAGGAUCAGAUCGCUCAUCCUCAGAAAUGGAAGGUGGUGGACAUGCUCCUGGAGGGAGUAAUGGGUCGUAUUCUCGAGGUACGCAGGGAGAUGGUCGAUAAAGGACUCUCCGAGUUUCACUUCAUGGACGAUGUGAUCCAGGACCUGAAACUGACCCCGAGCAACGUGGAGAUUCCGAUCCCAAAAUAUUUCUCCCGGAAAGCGGUGGCUCUGCGGGACGAGAGGAGGCAGUUCUUUGUGAAGUUGUUGCAGGAGGAAGUGGUGAUGACGGAGGAGGAGGCCCCCCAGAGCACAGAUGAGGCUGUUCGGAUUAUCCAGGUCGCGGAGCGGGCUCGGCAAGGCCGGCUCAGGGCCCGCAUCAUGGGGGACAUCUGGAGGGAGGAGCAGAGGGAGAAGAACAGGAAAUUACUGCCCCCCGUCACCAUGCAGCCCGCACAGGCUGCAACCCUCAUCCAGAAGACUUGGAAAGGUUACAGCCAGAGGAAAAAAACCGUGAGACAGCGGGACGAGGAAUUUGAGUUUAUAGGAAUGGUUCCAGGUGAGGAUGUCAACAGGCCAGCUGCAGCGAUUGUGAAAGCGAAAGAGAAUGCAGCCAGCCACCACCUCCUCCAGGAGCAGUACCGCGCCGAAUAUGAGAAAGCUCAACCUGUCAUCAAACAAACGGUGAUGGAGACAGAGGGCCCAGACAUCACAGAGACGUACCGAGAACAAAUCCGACACUGGUUCAUCGAGUGCUAUAACACUUCGGGAAAGUUUCCGGAUUAUCCCACCGUGGAACAGGGAGGCUCUGACAUUAUCUUUGCUGAGAAAACCCCUGAGCAGCCUCUUCUUUACCUCAAUUAG